CAUUUCCAUUGCAAAUGAAUUGUUCAGAAGAUAUCGAACGGGCGUAAAGCACACACAAACGACACGAGCGAAAAACCUUUAAAUUACAUCUAAAGAUACUACAAUAGAAAUUGGAUUUAUUGCCUUGAUUUUCCGACUCAAUAGUUAAAUCGAACGAAAAUGGUUUACGAAAGUGGAUUCACUACCCGCAGAACAUACAGUUCCAGACCUGUUGUAACCUCAUACUCGGUUUCGUAUCCAAGUGUAACCAAGACAACACGUGUAUACAAAACGAGUUACCCUAUUUACUCCACUUCAACAUACACUCGUGGAGCUCGUGUGAUAUCUUCCCCUGUUCGGAUUGUUUCGUCCCCGAGUCGCAUCAUCACUCGUGUCAUUCGAUCUCCUUCCCCAGUUCGUGUUGUCCGAUCGACCACUACUCGUGUAAUUACUUCGCCUGAAAGAGUCACCUCAUAUACUUAUACGACACCGUCGACAUAUGCGUCGACCUACCUUCCCUCAACAUACACAUCUUAUAGACCAUACUAUCCAACUUCCUACUCAUCUAGUUAUCUUCUUCCCUCAUACUAUUAUACACCAAUUAGUCGUGUAUACACGCGAUCAUUGUCGCCUGUAAGAAUAAUUACAUCUCCAGUACGCAGUGUUUCAGUAUCUCCAUUGUAUUCGAAGAGAUAUAUGCCGGGAUAUGGUGACCGCGCCUUGACUUCCUACCUCACCACUGAACCGUUCACGACUUUUCGGGAAGAGACUGGAAAGAUCAGGCAUAGAGCUCAAUCACUAAUUCGAGAUUUGCACACUCCAGUUCCACGCCGCAAUCGCAGUUGCACUCCGUUCCCAGUAAGCAGUUACGAACCAUCAUCAGAGUUAGCGCUUGAUGCUUAUGUCUCCCGUAUUACAAACCCAGUUCGUCAUAUAGCCAAGGAAGUUCACCGAAUGUCUAUGUAUCCUGAUCCACCACGCAAAUAUGUUGAUCCCGAACUGGAUCCCAACCGACCAUCAAGAAAAUUCUCUUCUCCAAAGCAAUUGGAAGAUUCCAAUGAAGAAGCUGAUUCCCUCAAUGAAAAGAAACGAUUGCGACAAGAACGUUUAAUGACUGUUGUGGAAGAUACUGUUGAUGGCGUUGCGUUGGAAAAAAAUAUGAAUGGAGUUCGCAGUAAACGUGAAAUCAACAUUUUUAAUGGCAGGCACAACAACAGUGAGGAGGAGUUGCAUCGGUUGGCCGAGUUGGAAAAACAAGCUGAAGAGGCAGUGAAAUCAGCUCUGUUGAAGGAGGAAAUGAACGGCGACGCUGAAUUGAAACGCAAGACAAAGUUAGCUAAAAAGGAAGAGGCAAGAUUAGCAGAAGAAGCUAAGCUUGCAGAAGAAGCAAGACUAGCAGAAGAAGCCAGACUAGCAGAAGAAGCCAGACUAGCAAAAGAAGCUAAACUAGCAGAAGAAGCUAAACUAGCAGAAGAGGCUAGACUAGCAGAAGAAGCUAGACUAGCAGAGGAAGCCAGACUAGCAGAUGAAGCUAGACUGGCAGAAGAAGCUAGACUAACAGAAGAAGCCAGACUAGCAGAAGAAGCCAGACUAGCAGAAGAAGCUAAGCAAGCAGAAGAAGCUAGACUGGCAGAAGAAGCUAGACUGGCAGAAGAAGCUAGACUGGCAGAAGAAGCCAGACUAGCAGAAGAAGCUAAGCAAGCAGAAGAAGCUAGACUAACAGAAGAAGCAAGACUAGCAGAAGAAGCAAGACUGGCAAAAGAAGCUAGACUAGCAGAGGAAGCUAAACUAGCAGAAGAAGCCAGAUUGGCAGAAGAAGCUAAACUAGCAGAAGAAGCUAAACUAGCAGAAGAAGCUAAACUAGCAGAAGAAGCUGGACAGACAGAAGAAGUAAAACAAGAAGAAGUAGCCGAAGUGACAGAAGAAGCAAACUUGGGAGAAGAAAAAACGCGUGACGAAACUAAAUUGCAUGAAGAUGCAGUAGAAGCCGAACCACAGAAUUCACCAGCCACAGAAUCAAUUCUGAACGAAACUGCAGAAAAUGAAAAAAAUGAAGCACCAACUUUAGUCUUAAACAUUAACAACGACAAUGAGGGCGCUAACGAAACUGCCACUGAAGAGGAAUCUGAGGAAGAAUAAAAAUGAUGACUUUUUUAUACUCAACAUUAAAGACAUUGUAUGGACCCUUUAUAGAUACUGAAAUUUCUAAACGCAUAUCAAAUAUUUUGUGAUUAAAGAUUAUAUAUAUUUUUAUGGUUCAAAUAAAAGUCUGAAGACCGUCACAAUA